AAUUAGCUCCGUUUAGAGAGGAUUCGCUACGACGCCAAAAGCUAGUGCACCGUCCCCCUCUUCCUGCGAGACGGUUGGUGCCUUAGCAAGUAAACCUAGCAACUAGGGAAUCGAAGAGUACUGGAGGACUUAGGAAGCCUUCUGCUCACAAGGAGCGGUUUUCAGCCUCCUGGGCAAGGGAACAGUCUCCUUCCUUGCCUGGGACUCUGGAACCAUUUCUUUUUGGUGAAAGUAAGAGGCAGCUUGGGAUCAAAAACCUUUCACGGAGAAAAAUCCCGACAUGCCCAUCCCAUGUGACAGAAGUUCCUGGACCAGGGAUUGAAUCCAAGCCAUAGCUGUGUCCUGUGCAGUAGCUGUGGCAAUGCUGGAUCCUUUAAACCACUGGUCGGGGCUAGAGAUCAAACCUGUGCCUCCGGAGCAACUUGAGCUGCUGCAGUUGGACUCUUAACCCACUGCUCCAUAGCAAAAACUCAUGAGAUUGCUGAAGCUAAAGGAGAUAUUUAAUUCUAAGUUUGGAUCCAUUCCCAAGUUUUAUGUUCGAGCACCAGGAAGAGUCAAUAUAAUAGGAGAGCACAUAGAUUAUUGUGGAUAUUCUGUUCUUCCGAUGGCUGUAGAACAAGAUAUGUUAAUAGCUGUGGAACCUGUGAAAACACACACUCUCCAGCUGGCCAAUACCAAUCCCUUGUAUCCGGACUUCAAUACUAGUGCUGAUAACAUCCAGAUUGACAAAACCAAGCCUCUCUGGCACAACUAUUUCCUAUGUGGAUUUAAAGGAAUUCAGGAACACUUUGGUCUUAGUAACCUGAUUGGAAUGAAUUGCUUGGUAGAUGGAAAUAUCCCACCUAGUUCUGGCCUUUCCAGCUCCAGUGCUUUGGUCUGUUGUGCUGGCUUGGUGACCCUUACCGUGCUGGGAAUGAACCUGUCCAAGGUGGAACUUGCGGAAAUCUGUGCCAAGAGCGAGCGCUACAUAGGCACUGAAGGUGGAGGGAUGGACCAGUCCAUAUCAUUUCUUGCAGAAGAAGGAACUGCCAAGUUGAUAGAAUUUAGUCCUCUGAGGGCAACUGAUGUGAAGCUUCCAAGUGGAGCAGUGUUUGUAAUUGCCAACAGCUGUGUGGAAAUGAACAAGGCAGCAACUUCUCAUUUCAAUAUCAGGGUGAUGGAGUGUCGGCUGGCUGCAAAGCUCCUGGCGAAGCACAGAAGCUUGCAGUGGGACAAAGUGCUGCGGCUGGAGGAGGUGCAGGCCAAACUCGGGGUCAGUUUGGAAGAAAUGCUGUUGAUCACAGAGGAUACGCUUCACCCUGAGCCCUAUAGCCCUGAGGAGGUCUGCCAGUGUCUGGGAAUCAGCCUGCAGGAACUCAAGACCCAAAUCCUGAGUCCAAACACUCAAGAUGUGCUCACCUUCAAACUUUACCAACGGGCAAAGCACGUGUACAGCGAGGCUGCGAGAGUGCUCCAGUUUAAGAAGAUAUGUGAAGAAGCACCUGACGACAUGGUCCAGCUGCUGGGGGAGUUGAUGAACCAGAGCCAUGUGAGCUGCCGAGACAUGUAUGAGUGUAGUUGCCCUGAGCUGGACCAGCUGGUGGACAUCUGUCGGAAAUUUGGGGCUCAAGGGUCACGACUCACUGGAGCAGGAUGGGGAGGCUGCACAGUAUCGAUAGUACUUGCUGACAAGUUGCCCAGCUUCUUAGCAAAUGUGCAUGAAGCUUAUUACCAGAAGAGCGGCCGAAGCUUAGCGCCUGAGAAGCAGAGUUUGUUUGCUACCAAGCCUGGAGGUGGAGCUUUGGUUUUCCUUGAGGCCUAAACAAUGUAAAAAAAUCUCCGAGAAACUAUUUAGAGCAUUUAGGAACUGGCAGGACUUCUUAUGCCACAGUAAAUCAAUCCCCUUUCUGUUUUGUAUUAUGAUGAACGGUUGCUAUUAUCAAGAUGUAUUUCCAAAGAAACGGCUAUGCUUCAUAACGAUUAUUUUUCCAUCUUAAAAUGUUUUCUACCAAUAAGAGCCAAAAUUAUGCUUGGACAGAUCUCCUCAGGAUGAUUUACUGAAAUUUACUGAUUUAAGAUUUUUAAAGACAAAUGGAUAAAGACCAUUAAUACUGACCUCAUAGAUUGUACUUGAAUUAAACACACUACUAUGAUUAAAUUGAUACAACCAAGUUUUAUGCAAUUUUCUUAAGUUUUUGGUUUCUCUUGGCAUUCUUCUUCCUCUAAGUUGUGGUCUUCUGUUGUUGUUAAUGAUGAUGAUAGUGAUGCUAGAAAUUCUCUCUCACCUUCAGCUUCAGUACGCUAUUAAGAUAAUACAUUAUCAAGAAUGUUAUAUACUUGAAUGUGACAUUCCCCCAUUAUUAAGAUGAGGAGGAUCACAUAACUUUUUUUUUUUUUCAUAAGAUGGAUUUAGGAACAAAAUCCCAGGCUCAUUUAGAUUUUUUUUUCUAACCAUAUGAUAUCCCGUAAACAACCAUUUCAAUUCUUUUGGCCCCACGCUUUCUCUAUCACAAUAGAGAACCUUAGACACUAGGUUCUUAUCUCUAUUCACACUGAAAUAGAGAAUUAUCUGGAUGUUAAUUCAAAUAAUUCAAUUUGUUCCUAAAAUGUACUUUCUUCCCACUGCAGCCUACCUUUUCUCAAAUAUCUCUCUAAUCUAGGAGGUAUGUUUACUGUUCUAGAAAAUCCCACCUGUGCCUUGCAUCCUUCAUUGUAUGUCUAGCUAGGUUUGUAUUUGUGGACCAAUGUAGGGCAGGUGUGCAGGCAUGCAGGUGAAUGUAUGAAAAGGCUUAGAGUGGGUUCUGGGAUUAGGAAAGGGUGUUGGUGGGUGCCUUAAAUGUUUGUCAAGAGUGGGGAAAAAAAAAAAAAGAGUGGGCAGAAAGUUUGGCUAUGUGGUGAUGGUAAAUGAAUGGUCCUCUCUCGUGGAUAGACUGCAAGAAGGUCUUCCUGAAUUAUAUGAAGAUUUAGACCAAAAAGCAUUUUGCUGAUAUAAUCAAAUAACUGAGAGAGCAGCAGUUGUAUAAAUUAUCCAGAAAAUUAUCACAAUUUUCUAUUAGUCUAUGAUUGUUUUUGCUUAUUAAUGUGAAGCUCAAAGAUUGGACAUCAUCAUCUUAAAUCUCAGUUUCAGGGAAGCUGAGGCAAAGCUGGUUAAAACCUUUCUCAAAAGGAACAGUCAUAUACAGUACUAGGAAAUUCAUUAUUCUAUUCUAAAAUAAACUUCUGGUGCAUUUUCAUUCUUAGCAGAAAGGAAAACACUUGAGAAAACAAGUCAAAUUUAUUAAUUUUGAGUUUUAAAAUUGAUUUAAAAUUAUAAUCCUUUGUUUUUAAUACUUUUCCAUUUUCCACAGAAGAUCUGUGGUUGUUAUAUAAUUAUUUGAAGAUGGCUAGAUUACUGUGAAAAAGAAAAAAGGCACUUGCCAUUGCUUUGCUAUUCUAUUUAAAUUUUUCACCAUGAGAUACCUUCUUUACAAAAUAGGUAAGUAAAAAUUUCUAGUGCCCACUCUGCUUUGGAGGACAUAGUUGUUUUCAACAGACUGUAUUUACCUCAAUGCCUGGCUUGAAGGGAAAAAAAAUUAUUUUACAAUGAAAACAUUACCAAGUGUUAUUCUAGAAAUGUAAGAUAAUGAACUUGUCUGGAAAAGAUGGGGCUAGAACCACGGGAAAAAAAUGCUUCGGGAAAAAAAAGCUUCAGGUAGAAGAUGGAAUUUGAGCAGGGCCCUAAAAGAUGAAUGGAAUUUGAAAGAUGGGGAGCAGGCUUUGCAGGUGAGCAAAGUCUAUGAUAAUGUGUUAACAGGAUGCAUUCAGAAGAUUUAGUGGGAGUGCAGGCUUUGCCUUGGGAUAUAUGGGGAAUAAGAUUGGCUGUAUUGGCUGGAGCCAGUUUUUGGAGAGCUCCAAGUCCAGCAUUUAGAUUAGGGGUUGCAGAGCAGCAGCUUUUAGGCCUGUCUGGUCUGCCGAUUUAAUUAGUUUGGCCUCCAUUCCUUCAGAGCCACAAUAAACUAGAGGUGAGGAAGUAGCUGCCUUGUUUUGGUGAGGCAUGGACUUGUCAGUGUGCUAUGGUUUCCACAGCUCUUGCAGUUUUCCUAAUACUUGGGCCAUUUACUACCUGCCAGCUGAGGUCACUUGCCCUUUACCAGCACAGUUCUCUUAUACUAAAUAAAUCUCUCUCUGUACUCAUGUCUCUAGCAGUAGUUGUUAAAGAGAGAUAAUGAAAAGUGGAAGAAUGUUUUUGUGUAUAAGUAAAGAAGAGUAUUAUUUCUUUAAUAUUAAACACCCAGGUUACUCCUUUCCAUUACUUUCUGGUUCAUAUAGGAAUCUGGUUAGAUUAUUUGACCCCCCCCCUUUUUUUUUUGAUAUUACACUAGUAGCUAAUGAAGAUAGCUCUCAAUUUUUACGUGGAAGCCUGACAUGCUGGAAAUAAAAAGCUCUCUCUUAUUCCUGACCUCAGUCCAACCUCCGGAUUUACACUGUUCUCCAUAUGGUCUUGCUUGUUGGAAGGGAAGAAGGACCUUUAAGUUAAGGAGGAGCAGAAGGCAAGGGGACAAAGCUGGAAAGAUGGGACCAUCUCCUUAUGUUCCUUUUAAUUGAGGGCAGAAUCAUUCAUCUACCACAGUAGUUGGAAUCUAAUACAUUUUUGUUGAAUUAUGAACGGCAAAUAAAAUAUGAUUUCAAACACCAAUACUUUUCUAUGAGUUUGAAAUUCUGACUGCACUUGGUUUUCAGUUGCAUGAAGUGCUAUUGGUUGGAACCAAGGGAUGGGGUAAUUGGCCUAAGGUUGAAACUAAUACACAAGACAGAGAUUGUCCUAAAUGUGUAUGUGGAUGAAUACAUAACAAGUGUGUGUUCUAUCCUGCCAUUGUAACUUGGAUGUGAAACCAUAUAUACCUUAUUAAAUAUUUUACAGUCUAUAUAAGAGAAAUUAGAUAGAGAAUUCUCAAUUAUUUUCAGAAAAGAAACAUACCAGUCUAUGUAGGAAAUUCUCAAAGUCAUUCUUAACUUCGUAAGUUUUCUUGGUAACCUUUGCUUGGAGUCUAAUCAUGAAAUAAAGAAAAUUUGUAACCAAA